UAAUUUGAGUUGCAUCGGUAAAGAUGGCGGCCUCCAUUGUGCGGUGGGUUCUUCACCCAUCUCCCACGGCCGUCUUCCUUUCUGCGGCGGGCAGUCGGCGUCUGUUUUCCCCCUGCUGUGGGCCACCAUCCUGCCGAAGUUUUAGCGAUGGAGCCGCGGAGAAAAACACUCAUUUUGGCUUUGAAACUGUUCCGGAGGGCGAGAAGUCGAAGAAAGUGUAUAAAGUGUUUGAGAACGUGGCACCGAAGUACGACGUGAUGAAUGACGCCAUGAGUCUGGGCAUCCAUCGUCUGUGGAAAGACGCGCUGCUGCAUGCUAUGCACCCCCAGCCCGGGGUGCACCUCCUGGACGUGGCCGGCGGAACAGGCGACAUUGCAUUCCGUUUCCUGGAAUACACAUCCUCGCUAAAAGAGCGGCAGGCCAGACGGACGGCGUCGUGGCAGGACAACCGCGGGGAGGGUGAGGAAGGCGGAGCCCGAGAUUCCAGGGUGGUGGUCUGUGACAUCAACAAGGAGAUGCUCAAAAUGGGCAAGCAGAAAGCUCACCAUGAGGGCCUCGAUAGCGAUGUGCUCUGGGUGGUCGGGGACGCGGAGGAGCUGCCGUUCGACGACAAUCAGUUUGAUAUUUACACGAUUGCGUUUGGGCUUCGCAACGUCACGCACGUGGAGUUGGCCCUACAGGAGGCCCUGCGAGUGCUAAAGCCUGGAGGCAGGUUCAUGUGUUUGGAGUUCAGCAAGGUGACCAAUCCCAUCUUGGCCAGGCUUUACGACGCUUACAGCUUCCAGGUGAUCCCGGUUUUGGGAGAAGUGAUUGCCGGAGACUGGAAGUCAUACCAGUAUUUGGUGGAAAGCAUCCGCAAGUUUCCAGCUCAGGAGGAGUUGAAGGAACUGCUGGAGGAGGCAGGUUUUUGUUGCGCACGCUACCACAAUUUGACAGGCGGCGUGGUCUCCAUUCAUUCAGGUUUCAAACUGUGACAGACGGCAGAGCCACGGCACCCGGCGGCGUCCACCUUUUUCCAUCGGGCGUCGAAAGCUUGCAGCUGUUUUGCACGGUGCUAAUGAGUGACUUUUAUGCCGUGCGCUCAAUAUUUGAGAGCGGAUCUAAAAAGACAAACUUCAUUCCCCCAUCAGUGAAACCGAGAUUUAUAAUUUCUCUUCUUUUUCUCCAAAUUGACCUUUUAUAACAGAAAAAAAUAUAUACUUUGUAAUCAAUCAUGUAAAUUAUGACAAUAUUUAAAAGAGAAACUGUUUAUUUUAUUCAUUUCAAUGUCAAAAAACCCAUCCUUCCAUUUCUUGAACUUUUCUCCUUGGAUUAGGGUUAAGGGUUAGGGUAGGGUUCGGACAUAGCCUUACUUGUACACUUGCCUGUCUUGUGUGCAGGCACCAUGAGUUCGAUUUCAAUGGACACCAAGCCAUCGUGGUCCUAUCACGAACCGAGCAGAUGGAUUCUAUGGACCCUUUCUUUGUAUGUGUUUGUGUAUGUGUGAAUGUAAUGAAAUGUAUGUAUCUGUAUAUAAAAUGUAUCUGCAUUCAA